CGCCCAGAGCGGCGAGCGGCUGGCUCCGCAUGCUCAGUAGCCGCGGCCAGCCGGGCUGCGGGGUGGCGUCGGCUGCGCGCCUACGGGCUGCGGUGGCGGCCGCCGCGGCACCCGGCAGGGCCAGCCAGUUCCCGCUUCCCCGCUCCAGAGCCGCCGCCUGGGACAGGGCAGGGCGGGCCCGGAGCUCCUCCAUGCUGCCAGCCGCGGGGCUGCGGAGCCGGCCGGGUGGCUCCUGCGAUGGCGGCGGAAGAGGAGGCUGCGACUGGAGGUAAAGUGUUGAGAGAGGAGAACCAGUGCAUUGCUCCUGUAGUUUCCAGCCGCGUGAGUCCAAGGACAGGACCAACAGCUAUGGGGUCCUUCAGUUCACACAUGACAGAGUUGCCACGAAAACGCAAAGCAAGUGAUUCAGACCCGUCCCAGUCAGGAAUCAUGACAGAAAAAGUGGUGGAAAAGCUUUCUCAGAAUCCCCUUACCUAUCUUCUUUCAACAAGGAUAGAAAUAUCAGCCUCCCGUGGCAGCAGAGUGGAAGAUGGUGAACACCAAGUUAAAAUGAAGGCCUUCAGAGAAGCUCAUAGCCAAACCGAAAAGCGGAGGAGAGAUAAAAUGAAUAACCUGAUUGAAGAACUGUCUGCAAUGAUCCCUCAGUGCAACCCCAUGGCACGUAAACUGGACAAACUUACAGUUUUAAGAAUGGCUGUUCAGCACUUGAGAUCUUUAAAAGGCAUGACAAAUUCUUAUGUGGAAAAUAAUUGUAGACCAUCAUUUAUUCAGGAUAAUGAGCUCAAACAUUUAAUCCUUAAGACUGCAGAAGGCUUCUUAUUUGUGGUUGGAUGUGAAAGAGGAAAAAUUCUCUUCGUUUCUAAGUCAGUCUCCAAAAUACUUAAUUACGAUCAGGCUAGUUUGACUGGACAAAGCUUAUUUGACUUCUUGCAUCCAAAAGAUGUUGCCAAAGUAAAGGAACAACUUUCUUCUUUUGAUACUUCACCAAGAGAAAAGCUAAUAGAUGCCAAAACUGGUUUGCAAGUUCACAGUAAUUUCCACACUGGAAGGACACGUGUGUAUUCUGGCUCAAGACGAUCUUUUUUCUGUCGGAUAAAGAGUUGUAAAAUCUCUGUCAAAGAAGAGCAUGAAUGCUUACCCAACCCAAAGAAGAAAGAGCAUAGAAAAUUCUAUACUAUCCACUGCACUGGUUACUUGAGAAGCUGGCCUCCAAAUAUUGUUGGAAUGGAAGAAGAAAGGAACAGUAAGAAAGACAACAGUAAUUUUACCUGCCUUGUGGCCAUUGGAAGAUUACAGCCAUAUAUUAUUCCACAGAACAGUGGAGAGAUUCAUGUGAAACCGACUGAAUUUAUAACCCGGUUUGCAAUGAAUGGAAAAUUUGUCUAUGUAGAUCAAAGGGCAACAGCAAUUUUAGGAUAUCUGCCCCAGGAACUUUUGGGAACUUCUUGUUAUGAAUAUUUUCAUCAAGAUGACCAUAGUAAUUUGACUGACAAGCACAAAGCAGUUCUACAGAGUAAGGAGAAAAUACUUACAGAUUCCUACAAAUUCAGAGCAAAAGAUGGCUCUUUCGUAACUUUAAAAAGCCAAUGGUUUAGUUUCACAAAUCCUUGGACGAAAGAACUAGAAUAUAUUGUAUCUGUCAACACUUUAGUUUUGGGACGUAGUGAGCCUGGAGAAGCAUCAUUUUUUCCUUGUAGCUCUCAAUCAUCAGAAGAAUCCUCUCGACAGUCUUGUAUGAGUGUACCUGGAAUGUCUGCUGGAACAGUACUUGGUGCUGGUAGUAUUGGAACAGAUAUUGCAAAUGAAAUUCUGGAUUUACAGAGGUUACAGUCUUCUUCAUACCUUGAUGAUUUGAGUCCAACAGAUUUAAUGAAAGAUACUAACACUGUGAACUGCAGGAGUAUGUCGAAUAAGGAGUUGUUUCCACCAAGUCCUUCUGAAAUGGGGGAGCUAGAGGCUACCAGGCAAAACCAGAGUACUGUCGCUGUCCACAGCCAUGAGCCACUCCUCAGUGAUGGUGCACAGUUGGAUUUCGAUACCCUGUGUGACAAUGAUGACACAGCCAUGGCUGCAUUUAUGAAUUACUUAGAAGCAGAGGGGGGCCUGGGAGACCCUGGGGACUUCAGUGACAUCCAGUGGACCCUCUAGCCUUUGAUUUUUAACUCCGAAAAUGAGAAACAUUUUAAAGCAUUUUAUUUACGAAAAACUGUCUCAACUAUUGUUCAGUACUGUAUUGAUAUUGUUUGUAUCUUUUAUUAAUGUUCUACCAGUUUUUAUAGAUUUGCAUCUUAUUGUCACAGGGAUGUGGGGAAAUAUGUUUUCCUCCCAAGAGAACCAAGUUUGUUAUAGACUCCUUUAUUCAGUGAAAUGGCUUAUAAUCCACUAGUUGCCAUAUUUUUGCUAAAAUAUUUCUAACCAAGAAUACUACAUACCUAUUGUUUUGGCUUUGUUUUAUUUUUGAUGCAGUUUUUUUUAGUUGGGGUAAUGUAAUAUAUUGAUAUUU